AAUAAAAUAAAAGAACAAAAUAACAAAUAAAUAACCUUUACACUAUAAACCUUUACACUAUAAUGGUUAUAAAGAUUUUCCCACUAUUUCAUUUGAUAAUCGUCACAGUUUUCAUCUUCCACGACUCAUCGUGUUAUUCCGAUGAAGCUGGAAACUAUAGAUUUAUGAAAGAUGCAACAUCAGCACCAAAGUUGUCACACUUCGACUACAUUAUCAUCGGAGGAGGAACCGCCGGAUGUGCAUUAGCCGCAACGCUCUCUCGAGACGCUACCGUUUUAGUUCUCGAACGCGGUGGGUCUCCUUACGACAAUCCAGCUGCUACAGACAUAGGGAACUUCGUAAACACACUCUUGGACAUAAUUCCACCAAACUCAUGGUCGCAGCUCUUCGUCUCGGAAGACGGCGUUUACAACGCACGUGCGCGCGUGCUCGGAGGAGGCACCGUGAUAAACGCGGGAUUCUACUCCCGUGGGGAAGAAGAUUUCAUGGCGGAAGCAGGAUGGGACAGAGACGAAGUCGAAGCUGCGUAUGAAUGGGUCGAGAAGAAGAUGGUGUUCCAACCGCCGGCUAAGGGAUGGCAAUCUGCGUUUAGAGAUGGGCUUUUGGAGGCUGGUGUGAGUCCUAACAAUGGUUUCACGUUUAGACAUAUCAUUGGGACCAAGUUUGGUGGUACCAUAUUUGACCCGGAUGGUCAUAGACACACGGCGGCGAAUUUGUUGGAGUAUGCUAAUCCGGAUAACAUUGUUGUCUUCUUGCAUGCUUCUGUCCAUAAAAUCCUCUUCACUACCAAAGGGAACCAGAGGCCAAGAGCAUUUGGGGUGAUAUUUCAAGAUUCAAAUGGAGUGGUCCACAAGUCAGAAUUGGCAACGCAAGACUCAACGAAUGAAGUGAUCUUAUCAGCUGGUGCCAUUGGGAGCCCACAACUAUUGAUGCUAAGUGGUGUAGGUCCUAAGGCCCAUCUCACAGCUUAUGGGGUGAAUCCGGUCAUCGUAGAUCACCCCAUGGUGGGACAAGGGAUGGCUGAUAACCCGAUGAACCCCGUUUUGAUCCCUUCUCCUGAACCCGUUGAAGUGUCCCUUGUACAAGCCGUUGGGAUCACCAAGUCUGGAAGUUACAUUGAAGGUGGAAGUGGGUUAAGUCUCUCUCUUCGUCUCACCGGUAGCUUCUUCGAUGCUGUUCUGAAACUUGUUAAAAUGAUGAAACUUCCUACACACUCUAUCUCAAAGUUUUUAGACUCUUUGGAUCUUAGCUUGAACGUGACGACACAAGCGGGUGUGAUUAUCCAGAAAACGAAUGGACCGCACUCGAGAGGUCACUUGGAGUUGCGGAACACGGACCCAGAUGAUAACCCUUCAGUGACAUUCAACUACUAUCAAGAUCCCGAGGAUUUGAACAAGUGUGUUGAAGGACUUAGUACCAUUAUGAAAGUGAUCGAUUCCAAGGGGUACUCCAAGUACACGUACGAUGGAGUGAGUUCACGGGGACUACUGGAUUUCAUCCUUACCAUUCCAACCAAUCUGAGGCAAAGACACAUAACCUCGGCGUUCGAUUUGAAACAGUAUUGUAAAGAUACUGUGAUGACUAUUUAUCAUUACCAUGGAGGUUGUCAAGUUGGGAAAGUGGUCGACGAGGAUUACAAAGUAUUAGGGAUUGAUGCUUUGAGGGUCAUCGAUGGAUCCACGUUUCUCAAGUCUCCAGGGACUAAUCCCCAGGCCACGAUCAUGAUGAUGGGAAGGUAUAUGGGGCAGAAGAUUCUUCGAGAGAGGACUGUUAUCCGAGAAAAACAACAAGAAGAAACAGUUAAAACCGAGUUGUAAAAAUAAUCAAAGAAUCCAUAUAAAUUAAAUAUAUAAAAAGUUAAUAAAAAUUACUUGAGAUUUGAAAUAUAUAUUCUCAAAAAAAAUCUCCUUAUUUGGGGAUUGUUGCUUUCUCCAAUGAAAGAUGUAUGACAAUCCUCUUCAUGGGAUUUUGAGUGUGCCAUAUCUUUAGUCCUAACAAAAACAGGAUUACAGAUACUUUUGGCUUAUUAUUCUAAAUUAUUUUGUUCGGAAAAAGAAUGAACAUUAAUGUCUAA